AAAAAGAAAAAACCUUAAAUAUUGUUUAUUAUUUUUCUCCGCCGCUUGAUAAAUCGGCUUGGGCAAAUGAGCAAAAGGCCAUAGCACAAUUUGAUUUCCUUUUCUGCAAAAUCCCACAUCAGAAGAAGAAAAAAAAUCAGAAAGAUAUGCAUUUUAUUUUGAAUGACCACACUUAAACCGUCGUCUUUGGUGGAGGACUCAGAUGACCAUGGACGACACCGCCACCACCACCAUCAAAACCAAAACUAACGACAACAAAAGCCGCAAGCGCCGCUGGAGCGAAGGCGAUGACGAACAAAGCAAAUGCGAAGACUACGAUGACUUGGAGGAAGAAAAGCAGUGCGACGUGGAGCUCUGGGAGACGCUGAACAGGAGCUUCCGGCAGGUCCAGUCCGUACUGGAUCAGAACCGCGCUCUGAUCCAGCAGGCUAACGACAACCACCGGUCCAGAGUCCCCGAUAAUCUUUCCGAAAACGUUGUCCUGAUCCGCGAUAUCAAUUCCAAUAUCAACAAAGUCCUCUCCAUCUACUCCGAUUUAUCGGCCAAUUUCUCGAGCAUCGUUCACCUGCCCCGCGCCAAAAGCAACAAGAACGACGGCGACAAAGACAACAACAGAGGCAAUCGGAAAUUGGAUCGGGUAAAAUCGGGCGUGGAGUCGCAGUAAUUUCGAACACCUUGUUGUGAGUCUUC